CUAUUUGUUCCCAAACAGUAGCAGCAGCAGGGAGUAGAGAGCAGAGGGGCGAACUUUGACGUAUUCGGUUUUGAAUUUCUCCGAACAACAGACCACGGAUCUCAAAGAGGACAGCACCCUUCAUCAUGGCUGCUGCUGCUGCUGCUGCUGUUCAGUCCACCAGAGGCAGUCUGAGAGAGGACCUGACAUGUGCCAUAUGCUGUGAUCUGUUCCGAGAGCCUGUCAUGUUGGCCUGUAUGCACCAUUUCUGCAAAUCUUGCAUAUCCAGGUACUGGAGAGGAACGCAGGGGCCUGUCACCUGCCCACAAUGCCGCAAGGAGUUCAGCUCCAAGCAGUUUCAAACUAACUACCUUGUGGCAGCCAUGGUGGAGAAGGUCCGUGUCACUACCUCGGAUGCUUACACCAAGAACCUAGAGAAACAACUGAAGGAGACUUUGGAGAGCCACCGCCUGAGGAAGCAGGACUUCAUCAACAGCAUUCACAGAGACAAAGAAAAGAUGAAUGUUAUAAAGAGUGUCGCGGCAGAUCUCCAGGCGCGUGUCAAAAGUGAGUUCCAAGCUCUCCAUCAGAUCCUGCACGAUGAGGAAGUCUGUACGCUGGAGCAGCUGAGGAGGGAGCAGGAGGAGGAGCUGGUGAAAGUCCAGCACCACCUGGAGGUCACGGAGCAGGCAGCGAAGGAGCUGGAGGACAAUAUAAAAGCGCUGCAGGAGGCCAGCACUGCCACCCAGGACAUCGUACUGGCUGAGCUCCCAGCGCUAAGACCAUGUGCGCAGGUGGAUAUCGCCCCGGAGUUUGAUAUAAAUGCUUUCAGUAACAAAUACCUGGCUCCCUUACAAUACAUCACAUGGAGGAGGCUGUUCAAAUCUUUGAAACCAGGUCCCUCCCUGUUGACGUUUGACGUCGACACAGCACACCCGAGCAUUCAAGUCUCGAGAGACAAAACCGUGGCGGUCGAAUCUAACGUCAUGACCCACCACGUGAACCACAACAAGCGCUUCCUCCAGUGCGUCAACAUUCUGGCUGCCCAGGGCUUCCAGUCGGGUCGACACUACUGGGAGGUAGAAGUGGGCACCAGCCCUAAGUGGGACCUGGGAGUGGCCUUGGAGAAUGUCAACAGGCACGCUCGGAUCAAGCUGAGCCCGGAAAGCGGCUACUGGACCUUGCGGCUGCGCAACGGGAACGAGUACUCGGUGGGAAAGCAGCCGUGGGAGAGGCUGCGGGUCAGAUCUUCCCCGCGGAGGCUCGGGGUUUUUUUGGACUGCGACGAGAGGAGGGUCUCCUUCUACAACGCCGACGACAUGAGUCUGCUCUACUCGUUUAGCAAAAUUGCUGUAAAUGAUGAACUGUUCAAAUCUGUUCAUAUCGGCAUGCCCACAUCUAAAGAGCUCUCCAAGGUCUUCAGGGAAAAAAAUUAG